UUUUUUUUGGGGAAAGGUGUGAACUUCUGCAUUGAACCUUCAAUGCAGAUGCUCUAACAAAACAGAGAGAAACUCUCUAGAAUAUUGCAACUUGCAAGGCGGCAUGGCAUCAAAAAGUAAAUGAAGAAAAAGUCUUUUAUAGUCGACCUCUUCCUUUUUUUCAUCUCAUCACCACUCUUUCCACACGUGUACUAAGUCGAACCAAACACCACCUUCACUCUUUGUACUUUCCCACCACUUGUCACGCAACUUCCUCUCCACACUCCCUUCACCUUUCACUCUAUAUAUGUAUUCACACUCUUUCACUUCCUCUUCAACAUAAAACAAUUCUCCCCUUUUCAAUUCGUUUCAUCACAAAAAAAAGCCUCUCUAAAUUCCCCUUCUUGUUUUUUUACCAGAAAGAUCUUCAGAUUCUAAUCUACUAAUGGCGCUUGAGGCUAUCAGUUCACCGAGAUUAGCUUCACCGGUCCCUCCUCUGCUCGAAGAUUCUUCAAGAUUCCACGGCGUCGAUCACUGGACCAAAGGUAAAAGAUCUAAACGGUCCAGAUCCGACUUCCACCACAAGAACCUCACAGAAGAAGAGUAUCUCGCUUUCUGCCUCUUGCUCCUCGCUCGUGACGGCGAUCGCAGCAACCGUAACCCUCUUCCUCCUCCUCCGGUGACGGUGGCGGAGAAGUCGUCAACCUACACGUGCAGCGUCUGCGACAAGUCCUUCUCGUCUUACCAAGCCCUCGGGGGACACAAGGCGAGCCACCGGAAAAACUUAUCACAGACCCUAUCCGGCGGAGGAGAUGAUCAAUCGACGUUGACCACAUCCGCCGCGACAACCGGAAGUGGGAAGUCUCACGUCUGCUCGAUCUGUCACAAGUCGUUUCCUUCCGGCCAAGCUCUCGGCGGACACAAGCGGUGCCACUACGAGGGGAAUAACAACAGUAGCAGCAGCGUGGCUAACUCCGAAGGAGCGGGGUCCACCAGCCACGUCAGCAGCGGUCACCGUGGGUUUGACCUUAACAUCCCUCCUGUACCGGAAUUCUCGCUGGUGAACGGAGACGACGAAGUGAUGAGCCCGAUGCCGGCGAAGAAGCCCCGUUUUGACUUCUCGGAGAAAGCUUAAUCAGAUUUUUCAUGUGUUCUGUUUUGAGUUUAUGUAGGAGUUUGUUGGUUGUACAGACAAAAGUUUCGCACAUUGAUUCAUUCCUCCUGCCUUGUACUUUUUUUUCAGUUAAAGUUAUUACUAGACUCAUUCUUUGUCAGAAUAGUUGUUUUCCUUUCAAUAUUCUUAAAUUUAUACAUGUUAGAGUUAUUUUAGUUUUGUUUGAAUAAUAUCAUACCUCUUGCUGCUACA